UCAGCGUGCAACUAUCCCUGCUGUUGAUACCAGAGUUUUCAACAGCCAGUCAAGUCGCCAGAUCACUGAUCUCUUGUACGUCACCAUGAAGAUUCAAGAGGUGCAAAGCACUACAAAGGAGCAGAGAAUUGCCACACAUUCGCAUAUCAAAGGUCUAGGACUUCGUGACGAUGGUAGCGCGGAGCCUGUUGCAGCAGGGUUUGUGGGGCAAGAAAACGCGCGGGAGGCGGCGGGCGUUGUGGUAGAUCUGAUAAAGUCAAAAAAGAUGGCAGGUCGGGCGGUACUUUUGGCGGGUGCUCCCGGUACCGGAAAGACAGCAAUGGCUUUGGCUCUCUCUCAAGAGCUCGGUUCCAAAGUUCCCUUUUGUCCCAUGGUCGGAAGCGAGGUGUACUCUUCUGAGGUCAAGAAGACGGAGGUGUUGAUGGAGAACUUUCGACGAGCAAUAGGUCUACGAAUCAAGGAAGUGAAGGAAGUUUACGAGGGAGAAAUUACCGAAUUAACGCCGGAAGAAACAGAGAAUCCCUUGGGUGGUUACGGAAAGACCAUCGCGCAUGUCAUCAUAGGACUGAAGACAGUAAAAGGCACUAAGCAGUUGAAACUGGACCCUGUUAUUUUCGAGAGCUUACAAAAAGAGAAGGUGGCGGUGGGCGAUGUAAUCUACAUCGAAGCAAACAGUGGAGCAGUCAAGCGCGUGGGACGCUCUGAUGCGUAUGCGACAGAAUUCGAUUUGGAAGCGGAGGAAUAUGUGCCAUUACCGAAAGGCGAAGUUCACAAGAAGAAGGAAAUCAUUCAGGACGUGACACUACAUGACUUGGACGUUGCAAAUGCCAGACCACAGGGAGGCCAUGAUAUCGUAUCAAUGAUGGGAUCGCUCAUGAAGCCAAAGAAAACUGAGAUCACAGACAAGUUGCGGAAGGAGAUCAACAAAGUUGUCAACAAGUAUAUAGAGCAAGGAGUUGCGGAGCUUGUACCCGGAGUGCUAUUCAUUGAUGAAGUACACAUGCUUGAUAUCGAAUGCUUCACAUACCUUAACCGUGCGCUGGAGUCUUCUCUAUCCCCAAUCGUCAUCUUUGCAACAAAUCGUGGAAUGUGUACAAUUCGUGGCACCGACGAUAUCAAUGCUCCUCACGGCAUUCCAGUUGAUCUUUUGGACCGUCUUCUAAUCAUACGAACCCUUCCAUAUACUCUGGAAGAGAUCGCCAUCAUCUUGAACAUUCGAGCGAAAACAGAAAACCUACUCACGUCGGAAGAGUCUGUGCAAUACCUUGCUGAUGUCGGUGUGAAAUCAUCACUACGAUUUGCCAUUCAAUUGCUGACACCGUCAAGCAUUUUGGCGCGCAUCAACGGUCGAGACACUAUUGAGAAGGACGAUGUGAUUGAGGCACAGCAGCUGUUUUUCGAUGCCAAGACCUCUGCUAAAAUUCUGCAGGAAUCGGAAGACAAGUAUAUACAGUAGUUUCAAUCAAAUAUAACAGAUAUACAUGAUCAUUCGCUUGACAAGGCCAUCACUUCUUUUGGUUAAUGAUGUACCAAAACUACUCAGAUUCCA